AUUUACAAAAAUUUGGUUCCUCGUCCAUGUGUUUCUGCCUGUAGAUAAGUCCAAUUUGCAACUUAUUUUAGUUAAAAAUAUAGAUUUUUUUACAGAAAAUUUACUAAGAUAAUCUCUACAACAGCUCAGAUACAAACAAAAUUACAUCAGAAUUCAUGUUCAAUUUAAUUUUACUAGUUAACUUGUGCGUCUAUCGCAAUAUGGCCGUCCUGUAAUGAAUUGGUGGUCAGUAAUAUUAUUUGUGGUUCUAUCUCUCUGCUAAUAUUAAAAUGGAGCUUCGUGUCGGUAACAAAUACCGACUUGGGCGAAAAAUUGGCUCCGGAUCUUUUGGAGAUAUAUAUUUAGGAACAAACAUUGUCACAAGGGAAGAAGUAGCCAUUAAGUUAGAAUGUAUCAAAACGAGACAUCCACAGUUACACAUAGAAAGCAAAUUUUACAAACUAAUGCAAGGAAGAGUUGGAAUUCCUGCAAUUAAAUGGUGUGGGUCAGAGGGUGACUACAAUGUAAUGGUAAUGGAACUGCUAGGUCCGUCAUUGGAAGAUCUCUUCAAUUUUUGCUCACGUCGUUUUUCUCUCAAGACAGUACUCCUUCUAGCAGACCAACUAAUUUCCCGCAUUGAGGACAUACACUACAGAAAUUUUAUCCAUAGAGACAUCAAACCUGACAAUUUUCUAAUGGGCCUAGGUAAAAAAGGAAAUUUAGUGUAUAUAAUAGAUUUUGGCUUAGCUAAGAAGUACAAAGAUCCUCGGACUAAUCAACAUAUACCUUACAGAGAAAACAAAAAUUUGACAGGAACAGCAAGAUAUGCUUCAAUAAAUACACAUUUAGGAAUUGAGCAGUCACGUCGAGAUGAUCUAGAGUCACUGGGCUAUGUGCUCAUGUACUUUAACCGUGGUAGUUUACCAUGGCAGGGGCUAAAAGCAGCAACAAAACGUCAAAAAUAUGAAAGAAUAUCUGAAAAGAAACUGUCCACUCCUUUUGAUGAGCUUUGUAAGAACCAUCCAAUUGAGUUUCAACUGUAUUUGAAGUACUGCCGGCGACUUCGUUUCGAGGAGAGACCCGACUACGCCCAUCUGCGUCAGUUGUUUCGCACCCUCUUCCACCGGCAAGGAUUUACAUAUGACUACGUGUUUGAUUGGAACAUGUUAAAGUUUGGAGGACUGCGUGAUAACCAUCAAACAAGUGGUAUUGAUCGCGCUCUUAGACGUCUUGAACAAAAUCAGGAACAAGAAAAUACCGCUGCGACAGCCGGCCAGCCCAGUAAUGCAGUGGCAGCAAUUUCGGAAUGGCGGUGAGGAGAGAUACCGCUGACUUCACGCUGAUAACAUCUCUCUAAAAGCACGUUGGUAUUUGUGACCAGUAUGUUCUGUGUCGCAGAAUGUACCUUACACAGACAUAAUUGUGACAAUGAAAGUAUAAGGACGCCUCUGCAGAUGAUCAGUACGGCAGGACUUGAGGCGUGAGCGUGAACUUCGACUACACAUUCGCGAUUUUGAAAGCGAAUCUUUAUAUUAAUUAAUAAAUAAAUAAAAAGAUAAAAUGAUUUUGUAAGCAUACAGGUUAACAUUCAUAUUAAUGUAAAUUAUUUAAAUUUUAGGCUAAGCAGGUUGAUAAGUGGGCCGAUGAACUCGUAACUUUUCUCGCAAUUUUUAAAUAUGUAACGUUAAGUUAUGUAAUAAAUAACGUUUAAGGCCUACCCAUACAUCCAUUGUACUUUGUGCUCAGUUAUAUUUAGAUAUAAGAGAAUUCAAUAGUAACAUUUGAGGCGUUCGUUCAGAAAAAGAACUAACUGCCCGGUGUCAAAUUUUGAUGUUCAGUUUAAAUAGAAUAAUCUAUAAAUAUUCUUUACAAAAGGAAUUAUUUGUCUUAUAUCUAAAUACAACACUCGUAUAUAUUUGGUAAAACUGACUGAUUGAAAACAAUUACUAAAAACGCAGGAAGCAUACUGUAGAAACGAGUUUAUCAGACUUUUCGAUUCCUACUGCGUUAAUUUUGCAACUUUAAGUAAGUUACUACAAAUUGAAAGUAGGAACGGUAGAAAAAUAAUUGCUCUAAACCAAAUUUGUCUGCACAUUGUGUAAAAUCAUUGCUCGAAAAGGUAUAAAACUGUAAAUAAACAAGUACAUUCUCUGAGUGCAAUAUAGUGAUGUUUUCUUUAACUAUUC